AUGACUUCGUUAAAAGUGGGUAAUAUAAGUUACAGAACAAGAACGUUAGAUCUUCAUCAUAUAUUUGGAAAAUUCGGAGACGUUGGUGAUGUUUAUAUUCCCAGGGAUAAACAUUCAAAACAUAGUAGAGGAUUUGCUUUUGUUAGUUAUGGACGACCUCCACCUCGUAUUGACGGAAUGGUAUCAUUAAAAGUCGAUAAUUUAACUUUCAGAACGACGCCCGAUGAUCUUCGCCGUGUUUUCGAAAGAUGCGGCGAAGUAGGAGAUAUAUAUAUACCUCGUGAUAGAUUUUCUCGAGAAAGCAGAGGUUUUGCUUUUGUAAGAUUUUAUGACAAAAGAGAUGCGGAAGAUGCAUUAGAUGCAAUGGAUGGAAGAAUAUUAGAUGGAAGGGAACUUCGUGUACAAAUGGCACGUUACGGUCGGCCAUCAUCGCCGUAUCGUUCUCGUGGACGACGCAGAGGAGAUCACGAUCAAGGAGUCGUUCGAGAUCAAGAUCGCGAAGACGAUCAUAUAAAUCCUAUUCAAGAUCUCGUAGUCGUUCCAGGUCAGAUAGUAAAAGCUCACAUGGAAGAUCUAAAAGCAGAUCACGUUCAAAAUCAGGAGAACGCAGUAGGUCACGUUCCAGGUCUAAAUAAUCUAAAAAGGCAGAAAAAAUUGAGUUUUCUCUUAUCGAAAACUGAAUCAAUACUUAACCUUAAAGCUUUUAAUUUGAUCAAUUCACAAUUUGAAAGAAUAAAAUAA